GGAAAAAUUCCAUGUAAGGAAAAAUGUUACUAUAAUGUUUUCACUACAAAGUAUAAUUUGCAUUUUAAAAUACCCUACAAAGACACAUGCAAGAAAUGUGACCAAUGGAAUAUUGCUUUGGCUUCAGAAAAGGAUCUAUCUAUUAUAACAAAAAUAGAGACUGAAAGAAAAAUGCAUUUGUCUCAAGCAGAAAAAAUUAGAAAUGAGUUGAAGAAUGAGGCUUCACAAGUUUCAGAAAAUUAUUAUGCUUGUACAUUUGACUUGCAGAAGGCUCUAGCAUUUCCAAAACUAACCACGUCCGUCGCUUAUUAUAAACGAAAUUUGUACAUGUAUAAUUGCGGUGUUCAUCCAAUUAAUUCCGGACCACCUGAAAUGUUUGUAUGGAAUGAAACAGAGGGAGGCAGGGGUUCGCAAGAAAUAUCUACAGUGCUUUACAAGCAUUUAAAAAAUAACGCUAAAAAUUGUACUGAAAUAACUUUAUACUGCGACACUUGCGGAGGGCAAAAUCGAAAUAUUAAUUUAUCAGUGCAAUUACUGAAGCUGUGCAAUGAAGCGUCUACUGCAGCCAAGACAAUUAAUGUGAUAUUCAUGAUAUCUGGGCAUUCCUAUCUGCCAAAUGACGCGGAUUUUGGUGUCAUAGAAAAAAAUAGUAAACACUGACUGCUUUAUGGCCCAGAUGACUGGAUUAAAAUAAUUAAAAGCUCAAGAAAGAAAACGCCAUAUAAGGUCACUGAGCUUAAAUUCAAUAAUUUUGUUUUUCACUCAUUUAUUUGUUUAUUAUUUUAAUAUUUAAACUAAACUUGCAACAUGGAUAUCAACAGUUAUAAUCAGAAUACCACUUCUUCAUUAAUCCAUGGACUCAGAAAAAUCUACAUAAAAUUGGAAACUACAAAGAAUCAUAUAAAUUUCAUUAAUUGCUGCAUCAGGGAGAAUAUCAUUCCAAAUUUUGCUAAGGUGAACUGUAAAAACAUAAAAAUGUCAACUUUGAACUUCAUACAUAAAAAGAUUUUACGUGUAGAAAAACGAAAACAUUUUAAGACACUUAAUUUCUGUUAUGAUAAACUUGCUAAAAUCAACCGUUGUCUAAGAGAACGAUUGCACUUCUUGGAAAUUGAGGAAGUUUUAAAUUUUAUAACAACACAGACACUGCACAUAAAACGAGAAGAUAAAAGACGUAAAAAUCUAAAACUACAAAUUUUGAAGAAAAAUCAAAACACAAUGGCCAAAAUGAAAACUAAUCCAACAGACCAACCAAAGAACAAUGUCCAGUUCCAGAACUUAACUGACAUUAACUUCACGGAGGAAGAAACAAAUCUUUUAAAUAAAGGUUACAAAUUUUCUUUAAUCCCAAAAAUUAACUUACCUAUCUUAACUGUUGAAUUAGAUAAUAUAAUUAGAAAACAACCCGAAUAUAACAAAAUAAAGAACGACCUAAUACCACACAUUGAAAAGGCAGAAAAAAAUAUUAAAAAAUAUAAUUUAUCUCAGAUUCAACAAUGGAAAACUCUGAAAAACAUCAAACGUAAAUUAAACGAAAAUAAUGCCACAUUCACAAAAGCUGACAAAGGGGCUGGCAUUGUAAUAUUAAAUAAAGAAACAUAUAUUAACAAAACCGAACAAUUUAUGUCAGAAAACCAUUAUGUUGAACUUGAAAAGAAUCCCUUAGACACAGUUAUUAGAAAGAUCCGCGAAAUUAUAAACACAUGCAGAAGUACCUUAAUCGAAUAUUCCUCGCAUAUUGAUCCCAAUAGUAAGAUAGUCUCCUUUCUUUCUUCAGUACUCUAUUUAUACACAUGA